AUGACUCAAGAACAAGAUAUGAACGGACUGCUUCAGAACUUACUCAACUCAAAUGAGGAUGACUCUAAUCAUUACAACGUACUCAAUAAUCGUAGCCAGCGGCCUACUUACCUCAACCAAACACAGUUUAAUUUUCAAGAUCUUAAUGAACCUAAUCCACCGACUCCGAAUAGUGGGAGCCAGAUGCCAACUUUUAUGAACAGGUCUGAUAUGCCGAAUUAUCACCAGUAUAAUAUGCAGACCCUUCUUUGCUUAACAAAUGCUGCAUAUAUGUCCAAUAAUCCAACGCUAUCUGCGCAAGUCAAAAUACUCACUGCAGAUGUCCUCCGUACGACAGGAAACAAGCCAUUUGUUGAGCUCGAACGGGAGAGAAAUCACUUAGAGAUGGAGAAUUGUGAGCUACAUGGAAAGAUCGAUCAACUACAGAAAACACUAAUUUCCGUUCUCAACUCGCAGCCCUCCGACAACUCAAAUGCACCACCAUCAGAGUUGUCUACAACACCUGAACUAACCAUCAACAGCAGAAACCGAACCAAGCCACUGGGUUGCAAGGUCAAUUGGUGGAACUGCCCUCGAGCCGACUCCGAUGCAUUCAAGCGCUUACCGAACAAUGACGGCGAACUCGUUUUUGCCUGGAUGCAAGCCGCCGACGGACAACUUAUCUCAAGGCAACAGAAGAAACAAUGCUAUACAAACUUUCGACAGUAUUGGAAUAGUCAGGACCGCACCAAGCUCCCAAAAAACUUCUCGCACAUUGGCCACGAGCAACUUGACAAUCUUGUUCAGCAUAUGGAGAGCCGUAACGAUUGGUUGAUGCUGUGUGAAAACAGCUGGAAGACGAUAGAGGUUUUGAAGAAAAAUUUUGCCUCGUGGAGGAGACGGCAGGAUGAAGGGUCAACAAAGGACGACAACAGCUCUCAAUCUGACAAGGACGUGCCAGCAAAGAGAAAAGCACGCACGAAAAACAAAAACCCAGUUGCCAGAGUUGUCAUCUCCGAUAGCGAUAGUGGUGCCUCCAAGGCCGAAUUGCCAAUUGCGAAGAGAGCGAAAGUUGAUAAGGCGUGUACCGAUAAUCAUUUGCAAAAAGGAAAGGCUAAAGAAGUACAGAUCACGAAUGGAAAAAUCCAAUCAAAGAAUAUUGCUACAUCAACGUCUACCUCUCCUCUUCGCAUCUCAAUCGACAUGAAUAAACUGACCAAGAAAGCUGCGUUCAUAAUAUCUCAAGCCUCAGGUUUAUCCUCGACGUCCAGUGGCAGUACGCCGCCUACAUCCCCACCUGCUGUCACUGUAGCCGACACCAUAGUUCCAGAUGGUUCACCAACGGAACCUAACACGACUAUCACUUCAGAACUACCUGCACGACAAACGGCACCAGCUCCUAUCGUUUUUAUUGAAGAAUUUACUCGCAAAGUCAAAUCGCUCCCUAGCUCCAUUCCGACUGCUCCAAAGUCCCACCCGUUAGCGGUGUACGCAGACUAUGUAACCCAAGCACAUAAGAAGACCGAGGGCAUACCCACCGACGACCUCUGGAAUCAUUUCGACACUCUGUUGACCAAUCUCAUCCCUAAUGGAGCGGUAGAGACCCGAACGCAUCUAGUUUUUCGAGGGAAGUAUGGGUUACCCGGAUUAGUAGGUCUAGUCCGACACCUGGCGUAUGAGCGUCGUAUGGAUUGUACGGUGCUGGAACCCAAACUAGAACGGCUCAUAGAGGCUAUUGACCUAGUCGCUACCGCCGCCGUCAAGGAUUCCAAGCCCAAGUCUAAAGCGAAACCCAAGAAGACCACCCCAGUGCCCAAAAAGCUAGGAUUCGAGAUCCCAACGGACCUGGUUUGCCCGAAAUGGCUCUAUGCUGCCGAUUGGCAACAACUUCCGGGGAAUGAAGGCAAGUCUGAAGAAGUCUUCUUGGAGCAUUGGACGUCAUUCGAGAAGGAGAACAAAGCUGAUUAUCAGCGGUAUCAUCAACUGUCACGAGAGAGAAAUGUGGAGAAUGCAAAAAUUAGACCCAGGGAAAAGGCUGCCAAGUUGUUGGAGGCAUAG